CAGAACCGUCUUCUUGCCGUCUCCGCUGGCCGACUGUUUUACUUCUCCACCAGCAGAGAAAUCAAUGCGAUGGAAGAGAUCUUGGAAGAUUGUCGAAUUUUUAAGGAGUCGAUUUCCAUAAUCAGCUCUGGCUUCUUAUAUUUUUCAGUUCGAGGGAUAGGAACGAGAUAAGUUCUCGCUACGAUUUCAUCUUUUUCCCUCUCUGGGGCUCGGGGCUCAGCUGACAGGUACAUUGUCCAGGGUCAGGAGCUCCGUUCAGGUUGUUGGAAAGGAAUGGAGGAGGAUCUUGAAGUGGUGACAGGACUCCACGGUGAAGUUCCUGAGUUGGGGUGGCGGGGAUUGUCGCCAAACAUAGUUGGAUUGAUUUCCAGAAUGGCUUCUGGAGCUGUAACGGGUUUUUUUGCCUUAGCUGGUGCUUUUGUGGGAGUACUUAGCGGUGCUUUAGCAGGGCGGGCUUCGGACACAGGCAUUAUUCGAGGUGCUGCACUUGGAGCAAUUGCCGGAGCUGUUCUUGCUAUCGAGGUUUUAGAAGCUUACCAUGCUUACUGGCGCUUGGAUCCGUCAAAUUUUGGGAGCACAUAUGAUGCGGGACGAUUCAGGUCAGAUUUUGUAGAAGAGCUCUUUUAUGAUAGAUUUUUACCACAUCAAUUUUCCUCUGCUAGGCUGAUGGCUUAUCAUCGGCAGCUCCGCGGUUUCUCCGGCGAAGUUGCUUCGAAGGGUUUAUCAGGAGAUCUGUUAAUAAAGCUUCCAUCCUAUGUGAUACCUCAUAAUAAAAGAGAUGGCCAUGAAGACAGCAUCUGCUGCACAAUUUGUUUGCAG